ACUAAGAACCGUAGUUACACUACUAAAGUUACACCACACGAAACAUUAAGCUUUUCCAUGCAGUGUAAACUCUGCCUAAUAUGCAAUAACGCACGUAACGCAUAGUAACGGUGCAAAGCUGUCAGUUGCAAAUGUUUACAAAUACGUCUGCACACAGCCGUAGCCACCGUAAACAGAGGUAGAAACAGGCGGAAAACAUACAUCCAAGUUUGUUCUUUUGUAAAGUGUAUUAUUCCGGUUUCCUGUUCCCGCUGUCGCUUUCGGAACCAAAAAAAACAUCCUAAAAAUGACAACCGAUUCCGUAUGAAUGGUACGGGAAGCAAACAAUUGCGCAACCGCGACGAAUGCCCGAAGUGUGAUGAACCAAAACACGACCAUCGAUGCAUUUUUCAGAGCCAGCAAGUUCAGUUCGGCCGUGUGCUUGCAAAGAUCCACAGUUACUUCGAAAGUGAACCUUGGCGUAGUUCAAGUUAAAGGUUGAGUGAUCGAAGAAAAAAAAGCCAGCCUCUGUUAAAAGCAUCCUUAAGUGACUUAUCGAAACGAAACGGUAAAGUGAAACAAGAUGGACGUUUGUAUCAGCGGCAGAUGAACAAACACACUUCCGCUGCUCGGGGUCGGGACGCGUGUGAAAAGAAACCUUUUGCCAAUUGAGUCUCGAUUGGUUUCGAUACUUGGUUGGUGAAAGCUAGAGACGUGCAACGUUGGACGACCAACGGCGAGCCUUCACGAUGUCGGCCGGUUCCGGUGGUCUCGGUGGGACAGCCUCGGCCCUGCUGAAAUCACCCCAAACGGCCCUACAGCUGCUGCUGGAGGAAAUCAACUUCCAGCGUACGAAGGAGAUGCGUCAGCUGCUGAAAGACGAUGGUGGAUUCGUCGUCCUGCAGGGCACUACCUACUGGACGGACCUGUUCGUGCGACACUUUCUCUUCCAAUCGGAACCGGAGCACAGUAUCGAUUGCGACGAUUUGCUGUUUUUCGUGCGCAAAAAACACAUCAAGGGUUCGUCCCGUGCCAUGCCGCGGUACGAAACGGAAAUCGAAGUCUUCCGGAAGGACUCGCGCAAACUGCCGAUCGGUGACCCGGACGUCGACUGGGAGGAGACGGUUUACCUCAACCUGGUGAUCCACCAGUUUAACUACACGCUCACACUGGCCAUCUGUACGCGCACCUCGCCGAAGGAGCUGCAGGUGUUGCGGCGCCACUCGCAGAAGGUGUACGCAUCGCCCAGCCGCCGAAAGAUGGACACCAAGGGUGAUAGUGAGGAGAUCACCUAUCCCCACAUCUGCUUCAUGGUGGAUAACUUUGACGAGGUGUUUCACGAUAUUUUGGUGCGUGACGGUGAGAUGGUUUGUGUCGAGCUGGUAGCUACCGAUCGGGACGGAAGCGUGCAGGGCGUUAUCUUCCUUGGCUCGAUUCGUUACGAUGCGCUGAAGAGGGUGUACGACGCAAGGCAAUCUAGUCUAGGCUCGAAGGUCGCACAACGAAUGUCCUUUGGACUGUUCAGUUCCGGUGGCCCACAGACACGCUGCGAGUUUGUACGUAUGAAAGGUCCACAGGGCAAAGGACACGCGGAAAUGGCAGUCACCAAACCGAAAGGGUCGGGUGUCGAAACACCUACCAGUGAGCCAGGGUUUUGUGCAACUGACAUGUGGGACUCGGAAUGGGAGGAAGACUGUGAGGAAUACUACAACUAUCGCCACCAACGACGACUCAGCGAUCCGAGCGCGAAUUUGAACAACUUUAGCCGUUACGGCUGGCGCACGAAAAAUCCGGGCGAUCCAGGCUCAUCUUACGGUGGUUCGAAGGCACGCUCCGAAAACGAAGGUCUCGACUGUCUAGCGAACGAGGUGUCCGAGAUCGAGGCGGGUGAUUUGCGUGACGAUCGUCCUGCUUCCUCGUCCGCCACCGUCUUGGACACGAAACGAUCGUCACCGGUCGAACAACAGCAGUGUGAUGGGCUGCUGCUGCUAAGCGACGCCAAACCUACCAACCUAGCCACCGAUCGGUGUGCCUUCAUGAAAACGUCCACCGGCGAAACCAAGGGUGGUGAUCCGCUGGCGGGACCGUCCGCGACGAAAGGUUCGACACAACCAGCGACAUCAACCAAGACGGGAUGUUGCAGUUGCUUUCGCGUACCGAGAAAGCGCUGGUCCGAUGUGGACUCUGUCCAGAUGUCGGAAAUGUACACGCCCUGUCCGGCGUGUGGUGGUAACGAGCGUGAAGAGACAAACCCUACCGAAACAGAACGCAAGCGACUGGAAUCACUUGAGCUACACGAUUCGCCGGCCUGUUUGGCGACGGUGUCAAAGGGUCGUUCGCCGCUGAUGAAACAUCGUAACGUACUGAUCGUGGAAAGUGAGCUGGAGUUUGCUGGCGGUGCUAAAGUGCGUACCGGUUCCUCCACUACUGAGAAAGGUACGACCAAGAAGAAACCACCGACAGAUGCUCUUAGUACGGUAAAACGACGAGAAAAUGGAUCGAAAGCAACGCAAAGCCCUAAAAAGCGUCUCAGCACACCCGUGUUUCGGACGAAGCGUAACAAUGGAGGCAGUGCUUCGGAAACUUCCGACACCACCGGCAAUAAAUCGAACGUCAAGGCAAAGGCCACCAAUGCGAUUAACAACAACACCGGACUGAACCGACGGUCCGCUCCACCAUCGACGGCUACCGAAGCGACGGAAGCGACCGAAGAGUACGAAAUAGCGGACGAUGCUGUUUCGCUGAACGGUGGCGUUGGAGAUCUAUUAUCUGGCCACAAUGAAGCUUCGGCAGCGGCACUGAUUGAUCCGAAGCAACGGAUUCGCGUAAACGGUCGUGAAGAAUUUCCCGCCGAACGUAGUAACAACGGCACAUCGAACGGAAAUGGAAACCACGGAGGCGACAAGCAACUGACGACUUCCGUUACGGUGGCCAACAUCAAGGAGCAUCGUGAACGACGUACCUCAAACAGUCGUUCUUCGGGCAAUGGUUCUACAACGAUCGGCAGUGGUGGUCGCUUUUCGCUGAUCUACCGGCGAAGCAAAUCUUCUUCAGCCACCCCAGCAGCGGUGGUAUCUAAAAAGGAGGAAAAGAAAACAAAAUCUACGACCGUACCCGUUGGUCGUAAAACAAGCGUAGCGGAUGGGAAGAAUUGCGAUGAAACUCCUGUCCAAACGGUAAUAAAACCUGCAGAAAAAGCAUCUCCACUGAAGCAAGAUCAUCCUCCGGAGCAGACGGUGCUUGAUCGGGAUAUUAACGGCAAUCCAGACGAGAACACUACUACGGCCGGAUUGGCGGACGAUCACGAAACGACUGAAGAGAGUGAACUAAGCAAUCGUGCAAUUUGGGCAGCACUGAAAGAAUUGCGUGCCAAGAAAGAAUGUUCGACGCUGCCGAAGGUGAAGAAACCGAGCUACAAUAGCUUUUACGCACGGCCAACCAUUCUUGGCAGCGAACGGGAAGGAACAAUACCGGCCGGAACUGCCGUGGCAGCAGCAACGACCAUUGUGAACACGAUCCCGAGUCGGCGUACACCGGAUGGCACUAACAUCUACUACCUGUGCGAUUACCAUCCGAAGCGUAACCAUCAUGGUGAAAAAGAGCUUGACGACGGUGCUUAUAAUCCGCUCUGGACGACUAAGGGAUUUACCCAAACGUUUCACUUCUGGAAGGAAAAUCGCCGCCAACAGUCGACGCCAUUGAACGCCUUUCUCACAUAUGUCACGUUACCAUGGUGGAGUAUAGCGAAAGAUCUUCUAGACCACCGGGAGCAACCGAUACUAACAUUCUAAGAAUACACGGAAUUGGAAGGAUAACAACAGUUUGCGACACACCUCAAGACCUCAUUACACUGCACUUAGUCUGAGAUGGAAUGAAACUGCCUAGGGAGAAAAUCGAUCAAAAACAAAAAAGGAAGAAAGGAUGAUGCUGAUGCUGUUCGCAUCAGCAUAAUGUUUAGAAUUAUUUUUGAGAUUUUAAUUCAGCAGAAUUAAUCGCCCAACCGCAUGGCGGCCUUUUGCAGGGUUUCUAAUCAAAGGCGGAAACCUUUUCUAUUAGUUGGGAAGAUGGUUUUAUUCGAUUGUAGAACACUUCAAGUACGAGUUGGUAGGAAUUUUCAGGACAUUAUCCCUAAACAAUGUCGGCAUAUUGAAUAGAAAUAUCCUUUAUUUGUUUGCUGGAUUAAUGUACAAUCAAAUAACUCUAUACCAUGCUUGCAAGUGUUCUAUUAUCAAAUUUAAAAAUCUUCCACUCGCUCAAAAUAUUUCAACGAAUGCGGAAACAGGAAGACACGUUAACUAUUAUUUGUGAUUCGAUUAAAGAAUGCAUUUUACAUUAAAUCGAUCUAUCAAUCUCUAGUCAACCAACGCGAAGAUAACGCGGCCCAACAUUCCGGCAAAGGCAAAUAUAUUUUGUGAUAAUACUAUAUGCAUCUUCUUCGGAACUCUUCAAUCGCAUCUAGCGAUCAACGGAGAAAAAAAUUUCAUGCUUGGUAAUCUCAUCACCCUAAUCAGGAGAAUAAAACAUUGUUUGAACAGGUUUAGCUAGGGAUUAAAAAAUACAUAGGAAUCUCAGAACUGCACGUAUGUACUUGCUUUUAAUGGAUUUUUUUUUUCUCAAACAAUUAGAUCUUAGAUUCCUCCGCCAGUAUGGAAUUGUUCUCUGGGAUGUAUAAAAAUGCGUUUAUUUUAUUUGAGUGCAAUUGUUUUUGGUGCAAUUAAAAAAACUAAUUUGUGAAAUUGUGAAGAAAAAAACGAACAUGGUUUGACGAAGUACAGCGAUGAACGAGUUUUGGGGUGAACAUAAAUAUAGAAAUAUUUGCAAAAAACA